CAGAGACCGACUAAAAAACGCCUGCGGGGGAAAACGGCUAUCGUAUUCGGCAUUAGCAUGGUCGAUUACCUAUUGUCCACUAGGUUUUAAGCCAAAAGCGAUGGGGCAGUUGGUGGCCUUCCCUCGUUAGAUUAUUUUUAAUUGUGUACACUUUCUCUUUUAGUGGUUAGCUGUACCAUUUGCACUCGAACAUAAAAGCGUUGGUAGUAUAAUAACAACGUGGCCUGAAUGGCGAGGACAUAUUGAAAAAUAUCAGGAAGUUAAAUGGAUCGAUGAUUUGCUACUACUCAUUUUCGGUGGAAUACCAUGGCAGGUCUAUUUUCAACGUGUAUUAUCAGCCAAAAGUGCUCAGCAGGCAAUGUAUUUAUCAUUUUGUGCUGCUGUUGGGUGUAUUGUAUUGGCCGUUCCACCUGUACUUAUCGGCGCAAUUGCUAAAUCGACAAAUUGGACAGCAACUGAUUAUGACAUUAAGCAAAAUAUAACAUCUCCCGAAGCUCAAAAGUUAAUAUUACCGUUGGUCUUACAACAUUUAUGCCCAAAAUCAAUAGCUUUUAUUGGUCUUGGAGCUGUAUCAGCUGCUGUUAUGUCUAGCGCCGAUUCAAGUGUUUUAAGUGCAAGUUCAAUGUUCGCAAGAAAUGUAUGGAAAUUAGUGUUUCGUAAUCAUGCUGGUGAACGCGAGGUUUUAUGGGUAAUGCGUGCGGGAAUAUUUUUUGUUGGUGCAGCUGCUGCAGGAAUUGGUAUUCUCGUUCCAUCUAUCUAUUUAUUGUGGAUCUUAUGUUCAGAUCUGGUUUACGUCGUUUUAUUUCCCCAGCUACUCUGCGUCGUCUAUGCUAAUUUUACCAAUACUUAUGGCUCAUUGGCCGCUUAUAUUAUUGGAUUUCUAUUUCGUAUAUUGAUUGGUGAGCCCGAAAUUGGUAUCCCACAAGUUCUUGUAUUACCAUGGUUUAUACCAUCUAAAACAUUUUGUAUGCUACUGAGUUUAUUUACAAUAUUAUUUGUAUCGUACAUAACGAAGACCUUAUUUGAAAGCCAUACUAUACCAGCAAAAUAUGAUAUCUUCCAUUGUCUGGUCAAUAUUCCAAUUGAAACAAUGCCAUUGAAAGAGAGUGCAACAAAUGAAGAAUUUUCAAAAUUAAAUGUGAACAUUUCGAGUAAAACAAAAAAAUAUGAUAACGAUUUAUCGUACCAAACGCUUGGAGACACUUUGAAUGGGCCCUAUAGUCCUAGUCAGGAAACACUGGCGUAUAACGAUAGUCGUUAA